AUAACCUUCCUACUUCUCCUCCAUAGCCUCGUUUCAGCAAAUCCAAAACAACCCCCUUCCUUUUUUGUGGCUUUGGUUUUAAUAAAUUAAGCUUUGAGAGUAAAAUCAGAGCAAACAAAGCCUAAGCUGUUGCGGAAUUAAUAUUUGUUUUUCAGUUUCUUAAUUUACGGAACUCAUUGUAACAACAAUGUAUUCAUUGUACAGCUAAUAGUCUGGUUGAUUUUUAAAAAGGAGCUGAAGGAGAUGGUGGUACCAAUGCUGGACAUGCCUGCUCAACCUAUCGGGAUGGUUUCUGAUGUUGUGUUCGUUAUUGAAGGCACUGCUAAUCUUGGACCUUAUUUUGAAUCUUUGCGCAAGCAUUAUCUUCUUCCUGCAAUUGAGUACUUUAAUGGUGGUCCUCCAGCUGAAACAGACUUUGGAGGAGAUUAUGGUGGUACCCAAUACAGUCUGGUGGUGUUUAAUACAGUAGACUGCGCUCCUGAAUCAUAUGUACAGUGCCAUGCGCCAACGAGUAGUGCAUAUGAAUUUGUUACAUGGCUGGACAGCAUUCAGUUUGUGGGGGGUGGUGGUGAGAGCUGCAGCCUCAUCUCAGAAGGUCUCAGUACCGCCCUACAACUCUUUGAUGACUUCAAGAAGAUGAGAGAACAAAUAGGCCCCACACAUAAAGUCUGCAUCCUUAUCUGCAACUCACCUCCUUACCUGCUUCCAGCUGUGGAAAGUACCACAUAUUCAGGCUAUACAACAGAAAAUCUGGUUCAAAAGAUUGGUGAGCGGGGAAUUCACUUUUCUAUUAUCUCCCCACGGAAACUACCAGCUCUGCGUAUUCUCUUUGAGAAAUCUGUGACAGGGAACAUGCUGGAGGCUCAGUUGAAAGACUACAGCCAGGACCCCCGGCACAUGAUCCUUAUCCGUGGUAUGAUGCUUCCAGUAGGAGGAGGAGGAGCAACCAAUAACAGCAUGCAGCCCAAACAACCUGUAUCCCAGCCUCCCCCAGUUCCUCCCCCACUUCCUCCGGCACAACCACAGGUUCUGCCCCAAGUUUCUCAGCCUUAUCAGGUUACACAACCCACUACUCUCACUGCAGCCCAGGCAGCUGCUCAGUCUGCUGUGGAAGCCGCCAAGAACCAAAAGACCGGUCUAGGCACCCGCUUCCCUUCCUUGAAUACCAUGCAACCAGCUUUCAGUCAAGCUCCUACGCAGACCCUUCCAACAGGCUCUGUUCCAGCUCUGACUCAAAAGCUCCCUGCCUCGUCUCAGUCUAGUCUGGUCUCCACAGUAACUACAGGCUCUGGCCUGCUGGUUCAGCCACCUGUGCAAGCUUCCCCACAGUCUGGUGCCUCAGCCAUGUCUAGUGGUGUGCCCCCCAACAGCAUGAAUGUGACUCAGCCGGCACAGGCACAAAUCGGAGCACCCCAACAAUCUAUCCCAAAUAAAGUGAUGGCAUGGACUGGGGUGCUGGAAUGGCAGGAGAAGCCGAAGCCAACUUCUGUGGAUUCCAAUACCAAGCUCACACGUUCGCUGCCUUGCCAGGUGUAUGUCAAUCAGGGAGAGAACUUGAAGGCUGAGCAAUGGCCCCAAAAACUCAUUAUGCAGUUAAUCCCCCAACAGCUCUUGACAACUCUGGGUCACCUGUUCCGCAAUUCUCGCAUGGUGCAGUUCCAUUUCACCAAUAAGGACUUGGAAUCCCUCAAGGGACUUUAUCGCAUCAUGGGCAAUGGAUUUGCUGGCUGUGUCCACUUCCCGCACACAACACCUUGUGAGGUGCGAGUGCUGAUGCUGCUCUACUCCUCCAAGAAGAAAAUCUUCAUGGGGCUCAUUCCUUAUGACCAGAGUGGUUUCGUCAACGGGAUACGCCAAGUCAUUACUAACCAUAAACAAGUUCAGCAGCAAAAGCAGAUGGGGAAUUCUCAACCCAUGGGGUCCACACCCAACACACAGCCCUUCCUGGCAAAGCAGCCUGGCACUUUGCCAGUAACUCCAGGAGUCCAACAGCAGAUGGGUGGGCAACAGGUGAGCCCCGGUAUGCCUCAGGUGGGGAUCAUGGAAGAACGGCAGCAGGGUUUGUUGCAGCUCCGGGUGCAGCAGCCUCAGUCAACUGCCCCACCCACCAACCAACCUCCACAAGCACAAGGUCCCCCCCAGGCUGGGCCACAGGCCACCCAAGGAGGGACCAUGCUUCGGCCUCAAAACCCAGGAGCCAACCCUCAGCUCCGAAGCCUUCUUCUGAGUCAACAACCGCCCCAAGCCGGAGUUCCUCAAUCCCAGCAGCCCCUUCACCAUCUACAACAAGGGUCUUCAGGAAUGUUACCACACCAGCCCAUGGGACAGACUCUUGGGCAUCAGCCUCCUGGACAGCAACAGCUCCAGCUUCCUGGACAGCCUCUCAUGCACCAAGCUCCUGGGCAGCAAUGGCCAGCCCAGAUGGCACCACGGCCCCAAUUGCAAGGUCAAAUGCUAAUGAAUGCUGGUCCCCGGGGGCCUGUUUCUCAACCAGGCCUGCAGCAGGUUCCUGCUCCCAGCAUCAUGGAGGAUGACAUCCUCAGGGACCUCAUCUGAGGACAGAGGAGGAUACUUCUUCGCUGUUACCCAGUGCUGAAAUCAUCUCUGUAAACUGGGAAGAUGCUUCCUUUCCGGGGAAUAUUUUUUCUUUCUCAUUUGUAAUUUUUUUUUUGUUCCUCUCUGUUAAGAAAUAUUAUACACUUUCAUUCAAGUUGGUCUUUCCUUAAAUUAAUUCUGUUUCUCACUCCAUCCACUGCAGUUUUAGGAAUAUCUCCCAUUUCUACUGUGCUUUAUUGCACACUAAAAGUUCAGUCCAGCCUUUCAAGUUCCCCAGUGGGUUUUCACUUUGGUAUGAAGAGAUAAUUGAAUGAAAGGAAAGGGAAAGUAAAAGCGAUCCUAUUGUGAGGUAUGUUGUGAAGUUCUGGCCCAAGAUCCCAGAUAUCUCAAAAGAGCGUAUAAUUUAAUGAUCUAAAAUCUUUCCAAGGAGAAGGAGCUAUUUUAAUAGGUGGACAAAGGAAAAAAAAGUAUGAGAGGGUUCUUUUCCUCAACCUCUCACAUUUGAGAUGUGUUGGCCUUCAUCUCCCAUUCUCCUCAACAAUUGGGAGUUCAAAAGCUUGAACCCUAAUUCAAAUAUCUCACUGCUUCCUUCCUUAUAUUUCCCAGAGCAACCCUUCUGGUUUACCGCUGUCUGAAUUGUAGCAGCUGUAUACAUUGUAAUCAAAUUAGGUUUCCAAAUGCAUAACUGUUUGACUUUGCUUUCUAAAACACAGGCUUUUUUAGAGCAGAAAUAUAAAUCUAAGACCAGGAUGCUACAAUUAAUUUAGAGUUUACACUGUUCUCAGAAGCAAAGAUGGGAUAAGAUUAUAAUCAGGGUGGGUUCCUGUAAUAUAUGGUCUUGUUAGAAGACUGAAAAGGAAAUAGAGUGAGCAUGAACGGACUGGAAUGCAGGAUGUCAGAGUUCCAUUCAAUAAAACAUCUCUACAAGUA